AAGGACAUUUUUUUUCAGUUGGUACCUAACGCAUUAUAAUUUGAGAUAAAAUAAUGACGAAGUGUUUUAUGGUUUGCCGAUACAACAUCUUUAUACCAUAAGAACGGACUGGUGUUAAAAAUAUAUUGUUAUAGUGCGUAGAUCCACGAAGAGAAAAUGUAUAGAAGUAAGAAGGACGUCGAUAAACACGUGGAAAGUCUGUUGUAUAAAUUGUCACCAAAAGACUUUAAAAUUCGAGCUUACUCAAUAGCUCGAUUAUACUACGAGGUCGGCGACUAUGGAAGCUGCCAGAAGUAUGUGGAACAAUAUCUGUCACAGAAAUCGAGUAAUGCAGCCGCCCAUAAGCUCCUAGGACUCGCAUUUCAAAAGUUAGGACAAAAGGAAAAGGCACUUGAACAAUUUAAGAUCUCUCUUGACAUUGACCCGGCUCAGACGGCGACUAUUUUGGAUGUUUGUGAGUUGUUGGCUGAUGAAGAGGUUACACUGGAAGUAGGAAGAGCUAAAUAUUGGUGUGAAAAAGCUGAAGGCACAUUUCCUAAGCAUCCUAUUACAUUUCGACUUAAAGAAAGACUUUUAUCCCAAGCCAACCCAGAUCCAGCGGCUUUAGAAAAAUUAUUAAAAUCAGAAUUAGCAGCGCGACCUAAAGAUGCUAUCCUUCAUGCCAGGCUACUCAAGCAUUAUCUACAAACAAACCAAAUCAAAGAGGCAUGUGACCAUAGCUGCAAUGUUGAAUUUGACAAUAGUUACUUCACCAGCAACUAUACAUGGUAUGAAACAUUGACUGAAAUCCUAAAAUAUAAUCAAAUAAAUAAAAAUGAUUGGAUAUAUCAGCUAUUGCUACUGACAGUCAAAGAAAAAUUGUGUCAUCUUAGCUUAACAGAAGUUCCAAAUAGUACAUCAAAAAAUUUAUUACAAUGCAGUGAUCAUUUAUUUGAUUAUGAUCAAUCCAUAAAAAUUGUGUCUAAAGCUGGUCCACCAUCUGGAUAUGGCGAAUUUCAUAGGAAUUUGUUGCAACAUCAUUGUGGACAACUGGCAUUCCAUGCAGCCACAUAUUUACUGAAGAAAGCUAACAAAGACCAAAUUAGCUUCUCUGAUGCUACUAAACAUUCAGCACCAUUGAUGCUGAUAGCCUGGCAAUCAGAACCCAUUGACCUCAAAAUGAAUUGGCUUAAUCAUGCUUCCAACCACCAGCAAAAGGCCGCACGUCAAUGGUUUUUUGAAGGUUCAUAUAGGUGCUCCCAAGCUGGUCAUUACAUACUAGCCAAUUUGAACAACAACUUCUUUGAUAUCGACCAAAUAUCUCAACUUUCUUCGGGCACUCAUUGGCGAGAUAAAUUAUUUGAGAAAAUAUUUACAAAUCAUGACCAAUUAAGCAAAAUGGAAUCAUCCUUCAUAGCAUCAGGUGCAUUUACUCCACCAGUAGUGAGGCUACCACAGAAAUCUGAAGUCCAAAGAUAUGAUGAAAAUGCACAAAGAGUUUAUCCCAAUUCUCUACAUCAUUUUGUAUGGAUGCUUCUUAAUUACAAGCAAAUAUCAGAAUUUAAAUGUACAUUAUUUGACAUGUUAACAUCAUCAACGACAAGCUGUGGACCGGAAACCUUAAGUAAAAUAGACGUUUUAGCAUUUCUGUAUUGUGCCACUCUCACUUCUGAAAGCAAGAAAGGUCAAAGUCAAAACAUAACGAAGGACAAGCCGAACAUUCUUCCUGCGAACAUUACUCAGCUUCUAUGUUCACUGCCACAAAUGAAGUGGUGGGACUGUGCUUAUAAGCUAAGUCAAAAUGAGCUUGGUACAGAGUACACAGACAUACGUUCUACAUUAAGCAGGGGUAUUGAGGUGGUUAGAUGUAUUGAUAAUCAUGGCUUGGACCCAGAACUUUUGUGUUUACUAGGCAGAAUAUUUAGCAGUCAUGCUAAUGCAACUACACCUGCAGAGGAAAAAAGAAGUUUUGAAGAAAGAGCUCUUCUAUUUUAUUCAGCUGCUUUGCCUCUUUUAGACAAACUUAAAUCCAAUAUAACAGCCAGAUCUAACAAUAAAAGAAUGUUUGAUUAUGUUCAUAAAAAUUUGGGUCCAAAGGAAUUGAAUUAUCUUAUUGAAGAAAGUAAAAUAUAUGUUGCUAUUCAUCAUUUGAAUGAUUGUGACUAUGAAAAAGUUGUUGAUUUACUUUCAGACUUAAAGUCACCUCAGGCGUAUUAUCAUUUAGGUGUAGCAUACAAAAAAAUUGCCCUUGAUGAGAAAAAGCAUUCCAAAAGUUCUGAUAAGGAAUCAAAAUAUCUUAUAAUGUUAAGUAAAGCCAAACAAUUUGCAUACAAAGGAUUACAUAAAAUUAAAGAGACCGAACAGUACCAGUCUACUGCCUUAUACACUGACAUUCAAACAUUAAUAGAAGAAACGGAAAUACUGUUUAACAAAGCAGAUACAGAUCUUUCUAACAAUGCUCUGUGUGAAAAUGAGAGUAAAUACUUAUCAGAUGAAUGUGAUUCUUUGGCAUAUGGGGAACCUCUGACUCUCAGAAGUCAGUCAAAUACUUAUCGCAAUGUGAGCUCAACACCAAAGCUUAAAAAGCAUAAUAUCCCAAAUUCAGACAACUUUCGUACGGCCAUUGAUUCUCAAAUAUUGAAUAACAGUCAAGCAGAUAUGUCACACAUUGAACAACUAGAGAAACAAAUAAAAAUUUUACAACAUAGAGAUACAACUAUAAGUGAUUUCAUGGAGCAGACCAAGGAAUGGUUUCAAGAAAAUCGAAAGUUGGGCAACCAAAUUAUAAGUACUAUUAAUAAUAACAUUGAAAACACAACUGAGCAAUUCAAACUUUUAAGAAUAUCUGUUGGACAAGUGAAAGAACAAAUUGAUGAGUGUAGGAAUGAGUGUAAAGAUGUUGCAGACCUAAAGAAACAAAUUGCUGAAUUGAAAAAGGAAGUAAAUAAGUUAAAGAAACCUGCCUAUGAACAACCUAUAGAUGAUAUCUAUAAUUUGGAGGAAGAGUAUCGAAGCAAUGAGAAUUCGAAUUUUGGUACCCAAAUUCCGUUUCCACCGCAGCAAGUGAUACCACCUUUUGCGCAACGUUUAAUGCCUCAAUUCCUUCAACAAUCUUCUAAUCCAUAUCUUUAUGGACAAAACUUUUACAAUCUAUAUAAUCAAUUUUCCCAGUUCCCGCAAGCUCCUACAGUUCCUGGAGCUCAACCAAUAUUUGACCCCACAAGAACACACAUGAAUUAUUCUUCUGUGUACCCCAAUCCAGAACAAAUAUAUUUAGAUGCAGCACAUUUAGUUCCACCUAAUGUAACUGCAACCCCACCUGUACAAACAGUGCCGAGCGCUGCUGCCUCGUCUAUAAAUCCUCUGUCUCUAGCUCCUGCAACCACAGUCACAACAACAAAAUCUUAUGCAAUGGAGCUUAAAGACAUGGGAAAAUCUUUGCCUGUUAAUGUUGUCAUUACUUCAUCGGACCCUUUGCCAACAUGCACAACUGCACCCCAACCAGUCUUAAGCGUUACAAUACCAACAAAGCACAUUAAGGGGAGCCCUCAUAAUUACCAAAUUGCCUUGCCUACAACAAUUAAUGACGUGAAAUUAGUUAAGCCACCUGUGUAUACAUUCCCUUCAUCAGGAAAUCUGUCUGGUACAAUUCCUUCAUCGACAUCUGUUUCUUCAAUAUUGAGCCAAAAACCCAUAUUUAUGACCAAUCAGUUGAAGACCACAAGUAUACAAGAUACGAGUGCCAAGGUUAUUGAAAAUGUAUUUUCUUUGUCCUCACCAAAUACAAGCCUUAACAAAUCGAGGACACUUUCUGAAAAAAGUAAUACAUCAAUUGAAAAUUAUGAUCCUUGUCCUGACUUCAAACCAAUAAUACCAUUGCCAGCAGAAGUUAAGGUUACCACAGGAGAAGAGGACGAAGAAGUAAUAUUUAAAGCUCGAGCAAAGCUCUUUAGAUUUACAGAUAAACAAUGGAAGGAAAGAGGAAUUGGAGAAAUGAAAUUGCUUAAGCACAAAAUAACUGGAAAAGUUCGUGUUCUUAUGAGAAGAGAACAAAUCCAUAAGAUUUGUGCCAAUCACGUUAUAUUACAUGAAAUGGAAAUAAAGCCUAUGAAAAACGAAACUAAGGCUUACUUUUGGUGCGCAAAUGAUUUUGCCGAAGAAACUGUAAUAUUAGAAAAAUUCUGCAUUCGGUUUAAAACCGCGGAUAUAGCAAAAGAUUUUUAUGAGACCUUUGAAAAAGCACGACAAGCAGCUGCUAAUAAUGCAAACAAAGAUGUUACUGAUAGUAAAAGAGACGUAUUAGCUAAACCUACAUCUACAAUUAAAGACAACAUUGAAAAAUCAGAAUCAAAUAAAACAGUAGUUGGUGGUUUUACCUUCUCUUCAACGCCAACGUUCAAGCCACAAAACAGUGACCAAAAUUCGAGUAAAACAUUUCAAACUCCUGAAAGUAAAGUCAAUGUUUUUAGUGGCAUAACCUUUAAAACGAAUAAUUCGUCCUUACAAAACGUUUUUACUACUUCUAGCACUUCAACAGAAUCUAAAAAACCAAUAGACAACAAUGUUAGCACUGUUAACAAAUUAAAUAGUUCUGACACGGUAGAAGAAUAUGAACCUAGCGUUGAUUUUAAACCUGUAGUACCUUUGCCAGCUUUAAUUGAUCAAAAGACAGGAGAAGAAGAAGAAAAUAUUGUUUUUGAGCAUAGGGCUAAAUUAUUGCGAUUCGAUACUGCUACCAAGGAAUGGAAAGAACGAGGACUUGGUAACAUAAAAAUUCUUGAGCAUAAAGUAAACAAAAAAGUCCGUUUGUUGAUGAGAAGAGAACAGAUAAUGAAAAUAUGCUGUAAUCAUGUUGUUACAAAAGAAAUGAAUUUCCAAAAAAUGCCCAACAUGGAUAAAGCAGUUACUUGGUGCGCAAAAGAUUUUUCAGAUGGAGAGUUAGUUGGAGAAACUUUCUGUUUGCGGUUUAAAACUGUUCAAGCAUGUGAUGAUUUCAUAAACGCAGUUAAAAAUGCUCAAUUUAGGAGCGGUGAUGGAGCAAAAGCAGCUAAAGAAGAAGAAAAUGCUGCCAAAGUUGCAGCAUCAACUUGUGAGCCUCUAACAUCGCAGAGCUCCGUGAGUAAUGUAAGUAAUUGGGGUGAUAAAUUUAAACCUAAAGCUGAUUCUUGGGAGUGCAGUGUAUGUAUGAUACGUAAUGAUGCUUCUAAAGAUAACUGUAGUGCGUGUAGCACUCCUAAAGACCCUAAAAGCUCAGAAAAAUCCAAGGCAACUAAUGAAAACACAGUAUCAAAGUUUAAUUUUGGCAUAAAACCAAGUAAUGACAAUACACCGAAUGUGAUUCCCAAAUGGGGUGAUCAGUUUAAGCCAAAAGAGGGUACCUGGGAAUGUCAACAAUGUUUGGUAAGAAACGAUGGAAAUAUAGAUACUUGUAGUGCUUGCAAUAGUCCAAAGGAUCCUUUAAAAGUUAAAAAUGAAUCAAAAUCAUUAUUCAGCAAUAUAUCCGGGCCUAAAUUUUCAUUUGGAAUACCGCCAGAUGCUAAUAAUACCCCAUCAAAAGACCCAAAAACAGGAACAUUUUUUGGAACACAGACAAACCAAAAGUUUUCAUUUGGAAUACCUCAAAGUACACCAGCUAGUCCUGCCCAACAAACAAAUGGAAACAUAUCAGUUGGUGAUAAAGAAACUCAAAGAAAGCCAGCUUUACUAGAGACACCUAAAGGUAUUAAACCUAUUAUGGAGACAACAAAAGUUACUCCCUUUGGUGAAAAUAAGGGAGCUUUUGAUUUUUCAUUUACUCCUAAAACUUCAUCAAAAGGUAAAAGUCCAGCAAAGACCCCCGCAACAGAUAAAGAUGACGAUAGUGAAAAUGAAUAUGCAUCAGAAGAUGAAGGACACCAUAUUCAUUUCAGCCCUGUGAUUUUGGUGCCAGAUAAGAUUCAAGUUGUAACUGGAGAAGAAGACGAGGAAGUUAUUUAUGCUCAUAGAGCUAAAUUGUACAUAUUUGCUACAGGAGAAUGGAAGGAGAGAGGAAUUGGCACUGUGAAAAUAUUGAAACAUAAAAAUACUGGAAAACUAAGGGUACUUAUGCGACGUGAACAAGUUUUUAAGAUUUGCCUCAACCAUAGCUUGACCCCAGACAUAUUAUAUAAAGAAAAAGAUGAGAAAACGUGGAUAUUUGCAGCAAAUGAUUUUAGUGACGAAGAACUAGUCAUGUCGAAGUUCUGUCUUAGAUUCAGUAAUAAGGCAAUAGCACAGGAAUUUAAAAUUGCUGUUGAUAACGCACUAGGUAAUAAUUCGGAAGUAAAAACUGGUAAAGCAGUUCAAGAUUCUGAUGAUGUAGUAUUCGUUUCUGAGAUUCAAGCCACUUCAGAAGAAAAGAAAAAAGCCAAAGAUCUAAUGCUACCUGAAAAUUUUUACACAUAUAAAAACAAAUUUCCUUGCCAAGGUUGUCGCGGAUGUGAGGAUUCCGAUAGUAAAACAGACGAAGAAAAAGAAUCCUCUACUAAAGGCGACUCCGCCUCAGAACCUAAAAUAUCAUCUACCAUUACCCCCUUAAAGGUACCAAUGUCAGCUUUCCAAAGUCCAGCUAAUUCCAUUUAUGGUACUCCUACUAACUUAGGAGACAAAACAGUUGACACAACCAUAUUCCGUACUCCAAUGCAAUAUAACAAAAGCGAAACCUCUUCUGCCAACAGUACAGGAAGUGAAGUUGAAAGUGAAUCAACAUUUUCUGAGGCUACUGGUAUGAGUGGCACAUUAUUAGGAUCUAAUAAAAAAGAUACUUUAAAUACUAAAUCUCCAUUAACACAACCAAAAUUCACAUUAGAAAAGUCUGCAUUUGGGGAAAGCAAAACGCCAAAUGCUGAAGACAAAACCUUACUUAGCAGUCAGAAGCCACUUUUUGGAGAAAACAAACAAACAUCAGGAGAUAACAAUAAAUCGAUAUUCGGAGAUAACAAACCUAUAUUCGGUCAAAAUACAUCAAUUUUUGGACAAAGCAAAGCAAUAUUUGGAGAAAAUAAACCAUCAUUAUUUGGUGACAGUAAACCUAUAUUUGGUGACAAUAAACCCGUAUUUAGUGAAAGUAAACCCGUAUUUGGCGAAAAUAAACCUGUAUUUGGUGAAGGUAAACCAGUAUUUGGUAAUAAUAAACCAAUAUUUGGAGAAAACAAACCAAUUUUUGGUGAAAACAAACCCAUAUUUGGCGAAAACAAACCAAUCUUUGGUGAAAACAAGCCAAUUUUUGGAGACAACAAACCCUUUGGUGAAAGCAAACCAGUAUUUGGCGAAAAUAAACCAAUAUUUGGUGGAAACCAACCAGUAUUUGGCGAAAAUAAACCAGUUUUUGGUGAAAAUAAAUCAGUUUUUGGACAAAACAAUACUAGUGAAUCCAAACAAUCCACAGAAGAACCGAAAGCAGUCUUUGGUGGCGCUAAAACAAUUUUUGGAGAAAACAAAUCAAUUUUUGGUGAAACUAAGUCGAUAUUUGGGGAAAAGUCUGUUUUUGGAGAAAGCAAACCGAUUUUUGGUGAAAAUAAAUCAAUUUUUGGAGAAAAUAAAACAAAUAAUUCGGGCACUACGAACAAAUUUAAUUUUGCUACAAAUUCACAAGACGACAAAGUUACUGGAUCAACUAAUGUAUCUAUUUUUAACACUACUAACAAUCCUGCGAAUAUAUUUAGUGGCGCCGCUCAAAAAACUGCCCUUAACUUCUCAAAGAAAGACGAAAACCAAUUGGAUUCAUCAAAAUCUAUUUUCGGCGCAACGAAUCAAUUUUCAUUCGGAAGCACACCCGAGCAGAGUAAAAUUGAACCCAAAGCUAGCUCUGCAAGUGAGACUAAGAGCACAGAAGCACUACCCCUAAAAGUUGAUUCAUCGCUAAGCUUCGCGGUAUUAUCGUCGGGUUCUGAAGGAUUCGGAGGAAAAAAAUCUAACUUCCAGUGGGAAGGGGCGGGUCAACCGCUUUUCGGUGGCGCGCAGAAGCCCGCAGGCGAUAAGUCUGCGAAUGACAGUGCAGCUGACGAGUCCGCGCCCGCUGCAACAGAAGAAGAGUACGACCCUCAUUACGAACCAAUUGUUCCCUUACCUGAUGAGAUCGUCGUAACUACAGGCGAAGAAGAUGAGGAAAAACUGUUCAGUCAACGCUGUAAAUUAUAUCGAUUUGAUGACAAAACAAAGGAAUGGAAAGAGAGAGGAGUUGGAGAACUGAAGAUACUGUAUCAUCCUGGAAGGAAAAGCUAUAGAUUACUUCAGCGAAGAGAACAGGUACACAAGCUGGUGCUGAACAUGCUGCUGUUCAUGGAUCUGGAGCUGCUGCCGAUGAAGAACUCGGACCGCGCGUGGACGUGGGCGGGCCGCAACUACGCCGACGCCGCCGGCGAACAAGAGACCCUGGCCGUGAGAUUCAAGACGCCAGAACUCGCCACCGCCUUCUACGAUAAAGUGCAGGAGUGUAUACACAAAUUACAAGUGGCUGCCGCGGAAGCUAUAAGGAAAGAGAAAGAGGAAAAAGAAAGUGAGAUGAAGACUGUAACGCCUCUACGUAUGCCGAAGCAUUUACAGAGCUCGGCGAGGGCGGACGACGCAAUCGCAGCUAAGAGUGUGCAGCCAUUCGCGGAAACUGAACAAAAACACGAACCCCAGGUGCAGUUCGACCUGAACCAAAGUCAAGAAGACCACGACCAGUAUGAGUACGAAAAUUACGGCGACGAAGAUUAUAAUGAUUAUGAGGAGUACGAUCACAAUGAGAACUCCGAUGAGUACUACAAUGAGGAGGAGGAAGGUGAGAUGUACUCGUUCGGUAAAUCCGUGCUAGUGCGGAACGGCGUGGAGUCAGUCUGUGAUGCGAGCCACAUAGAAGUGACGUAUGACCAAGAAGCCGGGCUUUCAAAGGUCAUCGUAACCGACGCCAACACUGGGGAGAUUCUGGCCACUCUACGUAUCGAGGUCGAUACAGAAUUUACGCUGAGCGACAACGUGUGCUCGUGGUCGGGUGUCGACCUCACCACCCACAACCCCGUGGAAACAACCGUCAAGAUCGAGUUCAAUGAUAGCGACAAGGCAAUGGAAUUCUACGACUAUUGUGAAACUAGUAAAGCUGGGACAUACACAGUAGAAAAUGAAUCGUAAGCGACUGUCUACUGCUUUAGUUACGUAAGCUUUCUUUGUUUAUAUUAUUGGAGUGUUAAAUUAUAGUGCAUGAUAUUAAUAUGUUUUCCAAUUCCCAAUUCCAAGAUUUUCAUGUUAUGACACGUUUUGUUUUUAAAACUGUUCAAAUUGUAUCAAUACCUGUAAAUACUAUUUAAUUAGAAUGGGCUUGAAAAACUAUUAGACUAGAGUAUAAGUAAACAAGCUUAAAGACAAAAUCGAAAGUUGUGCCACAUUUUCUUUUUAUUUCAUGUCUAUAAGACUAAGUUCGUUUUUUUCUGCCUAGGGCUAGUUCUAUAUUAAGAAAAUUUUGUUUUUGUUCAUAAAAAAGAAAUCAGUCAACACUACCAGUAUGAU